AUGUCCGAUGACAAGGGAAUCAGGGAUGAGAAAGAGAAGGAAGAGGCGAAAGAAAGGGCCCGAGGAGAAGGAGAACAAGGCAAUGGGGACGGAGAAAACGGCGAUUUGAAUGGAGAUGAUCUCGAAGGUGGGUUCAAGUUUAAGACAUUUAGAUAUAAUCUGUCAUCGUAGGGAUUUAAUAUAUCUAGAAUUUUAAUUAUCAACUUUUAAUUGCUAUACAUUUGUAUGGCAACUCUGUUAAGUGUCUUUAACUUUUUCAGAGCCGCGUUAAUACCCUAACAAUGGCGGUAUUUCUCGUAUGAUAUUUCAAAAUUUGAUACCUCGUUUAUGGCAAAGAAUCUCGUCUGCAAAAUAAUGCGAAGACAUUCUUUUAUGGCCAGACAUAAACAACGUAGGAAUACAAAAAUAAAAUAAUCUGCGAAUACAAUCAGACGACUGUCAACAACUUGUUUAGACUGUCCAUAUUGCAAUGAUUAUUAACCGAUCAAAAUGUUUCUAUGACGUCAUAAUUUUUAGACAUCGAUGUCCCGCCAACGCCCACACUCUUGGUCAGCGACGAUGCAACGGAGGACGCUGAGGAGGAUGUAAAGUCUUUGGAACAAGAAUUGAGUAAGCGCUCGCCUUAUCAGAGGAUGUGGAGAUUAGAGAUUUCGUUAAUCUCCCAUCCGGAUUAAGUUUUGUCUCUUUGAUUGUGGUCGUAUAAAGUGGAGGGGACAGUUGGGUUGUUGUCAUGUACUCGGCCAUGCUGAAACAAGACGACGCUAACGACCCCAAGCCCGAGAUGACCAAGAUGGAGAAACGUAAGGCCUCUCUGUCUGUCUACCGAGCUGUCUCUCUGCUCAUGUUCGUAUCUUUUCCUUUGUCCAUGUCACAUAUACAUCCCUAUGACAUAAAGGGUUCGGAUUUGUGAAUACAAACCGCCCGAGGGCAUGUCCAUUUGUCUGAUUGCCUUCCUCUGAUCUUCUUAACUCUGGGACGUUACAUAUUUACAUCGCUGUCUUCGUAUCUUCUGCCCCAUUUGCGUCGCUCUUCUUUGUUUUGUUUGUUCAGAAAAUGCAUCCAAAAAUCGAUUACGGUACAGUUUACCUUACAGUAAUUUACUUCAAUUUUUAGGCGCGUUAACGGUCGCUGAAGCCAGUCGUUUGACCCCGAGAAAGUGUGAGAUCUUAUUGGAGACAUUUACGGCGUUAAAACGACAUCUUGUCCAUAACAUCCAGACCUUGUUCAUUCGGUAAGUUAGGCAUCUUUCAUUGAAAAAAAGUACAUUACAAGAAAAUGACGGGUGCUAUAAGUAAUGAAACAGGAACGUUGGACAGGGUCCGGAAGUCCGGAGUUAUUUAGAUUAAUUUUUUGUAAUUAAAAAAUGGGAUUUAUCACGACGAUUUGUGAUACCAAAAACUUGUUGAUGCCUCAGCUACAGCCCAUCUAAAAUGUAUUGUUUACAGUCUGUUCUCCGAGUACCCCACUUACAAGGAUAUAUGGCCACAAUUCCGUGCCAUCCCGGACAGUUCGUUGAUGUAUUCAAAUGAACUCAAAAAGCAUGUUCAUGUGUUCUGCAAGGGGCUGACGAUGAUUAUAAAUUCGUUGAACACCGAGAAGGAGUUGUAUGUGGUCCUGAGGAAGUUGGCCAAGGCCCAUGCCAGGAAGAAUGUCUACAAAAAUCAUAUCAUGGUAAGGGGUUACCAAUGAAAUUUUUACAAUUUUUUGCCGUUUUUUCGACAUACGAUGACUCAAUAGAAACAAAAUUUACAUUACGCUUUCUCGAAUUUUCAGAACAUGCUUCCCGAGCUCUUAAACGUGAUGAAGAGCAAUGGAAUUGAUGUGAACGAUGAUGUGAAGGAAGCCUGGACCACUCUCUUUGACGUACUCGGCAACUUGGUUGACCCUUUGAAGACGGACAAUCUCAACUCCGCAUAA